AUGCCUAACGCAGUACGAAAAAUGUUGCAAAAGAAUAGCUAUUCAUACGAUGAACCAGAUCGAAUACCGCAUAAUAUUUCUAUAAGUUAUAUAGAUAUUUUUAUGUAUGUGGUUGCUAUUGUUGGUCAUUUUGUGGAUUUGGGAUUAGAUAUUAAUGUGGCGGUACGAUAUUCGCUUUCUGGAAAGAUGAUGGAGUUCGGAUGGACAUUGGCAUUUAUUUUGAUACCAGCGUUUGUCAACACAUCAGUCUCCAUAAGAAUGUAUUCCCAAGACAAACAGCAAGACUCAAUAACCAAUGAAUUCACCAAACGUAAAUGGUUGAGGAUAUUCAUUCUAGUCCUCCAAAUGGCCCCCAUACUACGCUUCAUUGAUGCUUUAAUUUAUGCAAUCAAGUCACGGCAGGCCCAAAAGAGGAAUGAUCCAUCGUCCCAACGAUUGUAUUACUCGUUGAUGCUCAAGGAAGAUUCAGAUGCAGCAUUAUUACGUAUAUUUGAAUGCUUCCUUGAGGCGGCACCACAACAUGUGCUGCAAACUUGCCUUUUAAUGCAGCAGUUACAGAGUGAACAUGAUACUCAUCUUAUAUUGCACCAGGUGCUAUCUAUAAUUUCAUCAGUUAUUGGUAUGGGCUGGUGUCUAGCAGCCUACCAGCGGGCUGUGAGGUUCGCGCAGAAAGAUAAAGAAAAUGUUACAUGGGCCGGCAGCGUUGUUCAAACAUUGUGGCACUUUCUAGUUACUUUGAGCCGAGUGAUCUCCAUAUCAAUAAUAUCAUACCUGUUCCCACAUUGGACCAUCCUAGCCUGCUGUGUCCACAUACUGAUCAUGACCACAUGGUUGCAGUUCUACGAUAGAUCUCCAUUCUGCUCCAACAACAAACUCGGUGAACUAUGUUUCUCUCUAGCCCUCGGAGCGGUUUACCUUUUCACAUACAUCCUACCGAUCGAGGGUAGGACUAGAUAUAGUUUUAUGAGGACUCCAAUAUAUUUUUAUACAUUCCUAUUAUUGUGUGUCGUGCCAUAUAUAAUGGGUAUAGCGUUGAUGUGUUUGUAUUAUGGUUUCCUUCAUCCUAAGACGAGGUUCAAAGAUGCUAUCGUCAACUUUAAGAGUGACACACAGAUUGUUGAAGUCAGUUGA